ACGAUUUGGUACGACGUAAGCGAAACGAUAGAGCGUAACCUCUGGAAAAAAAACGCAUACCAAAACAUUUUACGAAAAAUUUCUGGUGAAAAAAAAUAAGAAACCCCCAAAACAAAAAACCAACGAAAAGUGAACCACAAAACAAAAAACCCCAAGAAAGCAAGGAAAACAAAAUUGGAAAAUUGUCGGUGUUGUGCAAAAAGAAAAAGGAAGUAAGAAACAGCGAUGCCUCGUUAACAAUCGGAAUAUAACGGUGAAAACGGUAAACGACCUUACCUAAGGAAUUUUUUUCGGUGCUAAAUCCAAACGAAAAAUGUUGCAAAGGAAAAUAUUUGAAUUUUAGUAUUCACGACGCGAUGUAAUGGCCUAGAAUUCCAGUGUUCCAUUGUUUGCUAAAAAUAAAUUUAAAAGAAAUUAUUGCCAAUGGCAAGGUGCAAGGAAAUGCGAAAUAUUGCCUUUUCCAUGAUUUCCCACAAAAUAAUGUGCCUAUGAAAAGUGUUCAACGAAUUCGUCAUUUAACGCUCUUUAAUAAUCGAAUUUGGUGCGAGUCUCGUGAGCCUUUAACUCUUUGAGUGUUUGGUUUUUAGUUGGCUUGUUGAGAGCGUAUAUGAAUGUGGUGGCCACUUCGUGCUUGUUUCGUUGGGGUCGGUCCGCUAUUCUUGUAAGCUUCGGAUUUUAAGUGAGUGUGUCGCAGUAGCGAGUGUGUGUUCGUGUGUCUGUGUGCUGGUUCGUGUGUGUAAACGCCAGUGUAUUGGCAUCUAUUUUCAAAGGAUUAAAACGGCGAAAGAAAAAAGUUUAUGUGAAGUGUUGUGGUUGUUGUUGUUGUUGGAAAAUAAAACAAAAGCAGAGUACCACAAAGCAAGCAACACAAGAUGGAUUAAAAUUAGAAAACAAAUAUCAAAAUUUAGCAACAGUAGGAGCAGCAGCAACAAUAUUUGAAAUUUAACUAUAAUACAACAGUGAUAGCUCAAACACCACCACCAUCCUCUUCCUCUGCAGGACCAUCAUACUCAUUAUCAUCAUCAUAACUUUAUUGUCUAUCAAACAGCGCUAAAGAAAAUCCUGGCGAAGCAUACCAAAAUAAAACAGCAAAUACAAACAAGAAACCAUAGCUAGAAGAAGAAUAGAAAAGCUGCCAACCAUUGCAUCCCUACUGCUGCAAAACGAAACGUUGAAACGAAAAAAAAAAAAAAUAACCAACGAAACACAUAAAACCACAUAAAAGGAUUACACAAGGAUUAUUUGCCAAUUAACUGGAUAACAUAAAAUAUCUCAACGAAAAUGUUGUCAUUUCAUAAAUUUUCAUGAAACUCACCAAUGAGUUCGCUUAAUAGUUUCCCUCUUCUAAUGUGAAGAAUUCUAGAAGCAAAAAAAAAAUUUUCCCACAAAAAAUUAAGUUUCAUCAAAGGAAAUUUUUGCUUUUAGCAGCAAAAUCUAUUCCUUCGAUUGGUUAUUUUGUUUUAAGUUGUUUUACACAAAAUACAAACUAUUUUGGCUCAAAUCUGUAAAAAUGUAUCGUCACAUAGUGUAUUAUGUGACCAUUGGACUAAUUACCAUGAAUGGAUAUGUGUGGCAGCAAACGGUGGCGGAACAACAUCCGGCGACAGCAGAUGAAGGUCCUUUGUCGGAAGUCCAGACCGCAGUGGGCUUAGAAGUGGCUCUGCCCUGUGAUUUAAUGCCAGGCACCAUGAUGGCCGAUAAGGUGCAACUGGUGAUAUGGUAUAGACAGGGCAACGUUAAACCCAUCUACACUUUCGAUGCCCGCGGACGAUCUUUGCAUCAAGGCAUACCAUGGGCGGAUGAGAAUGUUUUCAAAAAUAAGGCACAUUUUUAUUAUGACUCAAAUCCGCCAGCUUUAAGGAUUAAAAAUAUACAGCCCAAUGAUGCCGGUUUGUACAAAUGCCGGGUGGAUUUUCAUAAAUCACCAACGCGUAAUUGGAGGAUAAAUGUAACCGUAUUGGUGCCGCCCACCCAUCUGACGAUACUCGAUGAUCAGGGUGCCGCAAUAAGGGACCAAACAGCCGGUCCCUAUUUGGAAGGCGAAAGCGUUAAUAUAACAUGUUUAUCAAGCGGUGGUGUGCCACCGCCACGUGUCUCCUGGUGGCGUGAACAUGCCUUGGUCGAUGAUUCAUUUCAAAUUCUUCCAGAUGGUACCGUGCGCAAUAUAUUGCAGUUGAAAAAUAUUUCACGCAAGGAUUUGUUAACGGUUUACACAUGUCAAGCCAGCAAUGGUCAUGUGGUGGCAGCUUUGACCAAGAAAUUUAUACUCGAUAUGAACUUGCCUCCUUUGAGUUUAUUGUUGCAAGGUUUAAAUCAUGCCUUGGUGGCGGGCACCAGAACGCAUGUGACUUGUACAGCAGUUGGUGCUAGGCCAGCUCCACAAAUCAUAUGGUCCAAGGGCGAACAAAUAUUAAAAGGAGCAACGCAUUCGACUUCUUCGGAUGGUAAUACCACUGUAUCGGAAUUAAUUUUGAUCCCUGUUCCCGAAGACAAUGAACGUAAAGUUCAAUGUUCGAUUUCCUUGAAUCCCCAAAUGACUUCACAUCAUUUGCCUGAGGGUCACACCAGUGUCACCACUGUCUUUGGCAAUGGCAAUAUGGGCUUGUUUCUAAAGGAUUCCCGCAUAUUAAAUGUGACGCAUGCUCCCAUUGUUUCUUUAAGUCUGGGUGCUCCUUUGGAUCCCAAUAAUUUGCUUAAAGGCUCCGAUGUUUUUCUAGACUGUGAAGUUCGUGCCAAUCCAGGCAUUACAAAAAUUGAAUGGUAUCACAAUGACAAACAAUUACACUCAUCACGUGGUAUCAUCAUAUCGAAUCAAACUCUGGUCCUUCAGGCCAUAUCGAAACUAUCACAUGGACAAUAUUUUUGCCGUGCGACCAAUCUACAAGGCAGUGUUUCCAGCAAUGAAGUCUAUUUAGACGUCAAAUAUCCACCUGUUUGCAAAUCCGAGUCAACAAUCAUACGAGCCGCCCUUAAGCAGACCAUUAAUAUAACAUGCCAAGUGGAUGCGAACCCACUUGAUAAUCUAAAUUACAAAUGGCAUUUCAACAAUUCGCUGGAGAGCCUCAUCGAGCUGCCCUCCUCCGCCUUGGGUGGGGUAGCAAUGGGCCUGACAGCCGACGCACACACUUCUCAAAUGGUCAGCAAUCUGGGUGGUGGUGGUGGCGGCGGCGCCGGAGUCAUCAGUGCUGGCCAUCAUGGACAAGAGCAAAUGUUAUUACAUGCGGAUGCAAGUCACGCUUCCGCCGGAUAUUAUCAGCGUAGCAAAAGGAAACACCUACAUGGCCAACUCCAGCAUGAGGGCAAACUGGCCCAUGGUAGACACGGUCGCAUGGCCAUGCGUACCAUUGUGCAUGCACAGCAGCAACAGCAACAGUCCGCCUCCUUGCCACAUAUGGCAGCCUGGUCAAAUAUACAAUUCGAGGAUGACAACGAGCAGGAUGAAGAUGAUGGCAACGGUCAUGGUGAUGAGGUUCAUGAUGACUUUGGAGUGGAGGGGCCACAGCAAAAGCUACAUCGCCAUCGCCAACAGCAGCAUUACCGCGAUGGAAUGCUGCAUGGCAUUGAUGACACUGCACCCUUGGAUGAGACCAUUAAUGGAGUUUAUGGUCGCACUAAUAGCGAGGAUUUACCCUACACCCAAAUGGUUUAUUCCAAUAUGAUUUAUAAAAAUCACCUCGAUGGCAAACAACAUGCGACGGCAGUUGGAGGCGUGGGCGUGGGCGUUGGGGGAGUGGGCAACAAACAGGCCAGCUCUCAAUACCAGCCGCAGCAUCAUCAACAGCAAAUGCGUACUCAACCGCUGCAUGAGGCCGCACACAGCAAUCAGUAUCAGCAAUUGGCGGAACGCAAACGUUUGGCUGCGUUGCAUAAACAGCAACAUCAUCGCCUGGCUAUGGCCACCUCAACGACCACGGCAUCGCCGGUGCCAUUGAAUAAUGUCUACAGCUAUCACAUUGAGUCGUAUGAGAGUUUUGGAGCAAUUUCGUGUGUGGCCAGCAGUCCUAUGGGUCAGUCGCAGCCAUGUUGGUAUCAUGUUCAGCCGGCAGAUCUCCCUGAGCCUGUUAAGAAUUGCUCGGCCUAUAACUUCACUGCCAAUUCCAUGCAAAUCCAAUGCAUUGCUGGCUAUGAUGGUGGCAUACCUCAACAUUUCCAUGUCCAAGUUUAUGAUGAAUUAAAUCGCCAAAUUUUAUAUAAUGCCUCAUUCCGAAAUGCUGAAUUUACAGUAAAACGUCUACCCAGUGAUUCUGUGUUUGUCUUACGCAUUACCGCUGUAAAUGCUCAGGGUCCCAGUAAGGUGGCAUAUCGAUUGAGGGGUAGAACUCUGUCGGCACCUUUAUUAAGAACAGCCUCCUCUACGGCAGUUCUGGUACAACUAACUCCCCUGCUGGGGGCUUUGGUCGGAGUCAUAGCAACACUGAUAUUGGUGGCCAUUUGUAUUGUGAUUUUCAUGAAGUUUCGCACAAAACACAAUCGUCGCGGUCCCAGCGGCGAUACAACUACAACGGAAGCCGACAAAGGCAGUGCUGAGCCACUGUCACGCAAUAUGGGCAGUCAUUCCAGUUUGGAGGAUAAAAAUCCCGAUGUAAUACCACAGGAAACCAAUAGCGAAGAUGAAUUCCAUUUGGAGGAGAAGGCCUUUGAUCGCCUGAAUAUGGAAUCACAGCGCAUUAUUUAUACGCCAACCUCGCGAAUGAAUGCUGCCUCACCGCCACCGCCCUCCCUCUCACCCACUUUUGGCAAACAGUAUGGCGAACUAUCGUUGACAACAAAUCCCGCGUUUAGUCUCUACAAUACACCACAACGGGCACCGGCUACACAAAGACCGGUUUACACUGCUCCCCCACCCCUGCUGUCCACUCGGACACCACCCAACAUUUACACACGCAUACCAGGACGCACCUAUUUGCCAGCUUAUGAGACACGCACAUCGCCCACAUCACCCUACGGCUCCACCACCACCUGUACCAUGCCCCUGCUGGGGGGCCAAUCGAAUGGCUCGCUGCAAACCAACAGCAGUGCGGGCACUGGAGGUAGUCUAGUAGCCGGUCUCUCGCUGACGGCGGGUAAUUGCAGCACCCUGCCCCAUCCCCAUCACAACGGGCAGCCACAUCAUCAGCAACAGAGCCCUAUACCCACAGCGCUGACCUCAUCGCUGACCUCGGGGAAUAUAACAAUUGGUGCAGCCCAGUCGCUGCUAACCUCACCGCGCACCCAUUCGGCCUACAGCAGCUCCACCACCACCACACAAUCGCCGCUGUUGGCGGCCACCAGCACUCUGUUGGGCAGCACAGGCAACUAUGAGACAAUAUCUUCCUGAGAGUUACCCAAAGAGGACAUAAAAUGUCAACUGGUCUGCAUAGGUGGGAGUAGUACGUGCACCACGUCAGCCGAACGAACCACAAUUGUCUAAAAUUCAAUGGAAAAGUAUUUAUUACACACAUAAAUAUAGAA